AUGGCAUCCACCAUCCUGCUCUCUUAUCUGGGGCGAGAGGCGUCGCAAACUGUUCCUCUCACUCCUCGCGAGGCCGCGUCGGGUGUGCUAGGCUCCGUGUCAUUGACUUGCUGGAUUUUUCUUCUAGUUCCACAACUCAUCGAGAACUACCGAUAUGGCAGCGCAGAGGGACUGUCCAUGGCCUUCCUCUUCGUGUGGUUUGUGGGUGACGUGACAAACCUGGUUGGCGGGCUCUGGGCCCAACUCGUCCCCGUUGUCUUAGCCAUUGCCGUCUACUUCUGCAUCGCAGACGGCGUUUUGAUUUCGCAAUGCUUGUACUACAACAUCCAUAAUGCACGCCGCGAGCAGCAGCAGCAUCAGCGCCGCGAUAGCGCUCAUUCGGCGCUCGACAGCCCAACUCCGACUACGCCACUGCUCGGGAGACGGUUCAGUGACGAAUUAUCCAACUCGCGACGGAGAAGGUCAUCGGCGGAUAUCCAGCGCCGAGCCAGUUAUCCUGAUAGUACACUUGCCAAGAUUGUGGAGGAGAGUGAGUCGGGCACCAAAGCUUGGUUGAAGAAUGUCUUCAGUGUUCUUGCGAUUGUAGCCAUUGGCGCUGGAGGUUGGGGCAUUGCGUGGCAGGCUGGACUGUGGAAGCCUGCGCCAGUGGUUCAUGACGGGAAUAAUCAUAUUGCACCGGGAGCACAGUUUCUUGGGUAUUUCAGUGCAAUUUGCUACCUGGGGGCUCGAUUGCCUCAAAUCUACAAGAACUACAGCGAGAAGUCAUGCGAAGGUCUUUCAUUGCUCUUCUUCAUCCUAUCUCUUUUGGGCAACCUAAGCUACGGAGCAGGGAUCCUCGCCCACUCAACAGAAAAGGAAUACUUUUUAAACAACCUACCAUGGCUGAUUGGCUCGUUGGGCACAAUGUUUGAAGAUGUCACCAUCUUCGUUCAAUUUCGCAUUUAUGCACGGCCGGCUUUGGACUCGUGA